GGACUUUGGAUUGGAGCGUGACAUACGUCUUACGUAGACAUCACGUGGUAGCGGGAACAGAAACAAACAUGGCGCCGCGAAAGUGAGAAAAAAAGACCCUGCUGCCUUUCCUGUCAGUCAGCGCUCAGGGUUGGAUGAUCCCACACGCAAAUGCGAGGAAGAGGAAGACACUCUUCAUCACAGUCGUCAGCGACUCAGCAGCAGAGCAGGAUGGCUCUGAGGAAGAAGCUGGCCCAGAACGUUUCCUCUGAUAGCCAACAGGAUGAAAACACCCAGGAGGACAAAGCUUCUACCAACACAGAAAGCAGGGAUGAGCUCUCGUCUUUGCUUCGGUCAACAUCAUUAACACGAGAGAAACACCGAACGGAGAGAAAGAACCACUGCAGACGAAAAGAGAUGACUGAGGAGGAGGAGAUGGACCUGGCGCUACAACUCAGCAAACAGGAAGCCAGCAACACAGAACUGAGACAGCAGCAGGAGGAUGAGAAUGUGAUGAAGGCCAUUCAGGAGAGUAUGGUCAUCCAGACACAACCUGGUCUGACGUCUCCAAAUAAACAUCUGCUUGACGGCGUCCCGCAGAGCACCGGCUCUCGACGAAAACUCUCAUACUCUAACGGGGAGAGGAUGCCAGAGGAGGGUGGCAUGAACUCAGGAGCUGUUGGACCAGGAGAUGAAAUUAUUACUAGGAGAAAAAAGCAGAGAAAACAAGCUGGCAGUCCUCUAAUGAAAAUGCCAGAUUUGUCACAGACUCAGAAAGUUUCCUCUCAGAUUUCUCCCAGUAUCACAGAAUCGUUCUCCGCUCAUCUGGACUCUCCGCAGAGCUCCGACUCAACGGAUAUUGAAGACUUCCAGCUCCAGAUGUCUCCAGUCUUCCCGCUGACUGGCUGCAGAGCGGAGGUUCAUGUCAGUCGCCUCAACCUGGAUCUAGUGGAAACCUGCAAGAGCUCUGGGUUUGUCUUGUGUUCUCAGGACAGUUUGAUUUCCACUCAAAAAUCUGCUCAGCCCAGAAGCCCUGUGUUCCCCCAGAGUAACCCCAUAUUCUGUCCCAAAAGUCCUGUGUUCCCAGGAGAUGACAUGGGCCGUGAAAGACAGCUGGAGCAGAGUCCCACAUUUGUUAAGAGUCCAGUUUUUGGCAGGACUGCUGACUGCUCUAAUCAUCCUGCCUGUGAAAAUACAGAGCUCAGCUUCUCCUCUCAGGAGAGUUCAAAUCCCACUGUGAGGUCUUGCUCCCCCCACAGCCCUGUGUUCCAUAAAAGCCACUCAGGACAGUCUUCACUCCGUAAAGACCCCCACCGAGGACAGGUGGAGCGGAGAGACGAGCGAUCAACAAGCCCCACUGAGCUGCAGAGGACCAACCUGCAGCUCCGAGCUUCUGACUGUGACCAGAGUCCUUCUGGCUGCAGGAAGGACAUAAAGUCUGACGGCUGUCCAACUGCCGAGUGCAAUAGACAUUCGCCGAAAUCAGAAGAGGUGAAUGAAAACUGCGAAGGCUGGACCUCUGGAGAGAAGGAGCUGACAAGCGACAUGACCCUGAUCUGGUCAGAACAGGAGGAGGAUGACGUUACGCCCGUUGGUUCUCCCAGCCCUGUCUUCCCUGAAGAGAAAGCUGCUGUUCCAGCAGACAACCAGUUGGGAUCAUCCCCGAAACACAUAUUGGUGGCUUCCCAAGAACCGUCGGGGCCAGACUCCAGCCUGAAACCCCAGAAAUGUUUGUCACAGCUUCCCACCUCAACCCUGCAGUCCCAUCCUCUGAGCAGACAGGAGGAGGUCCACAGGGCGUCGCCCCAGCGUGGGGAGCCUUCAGACAGACAGACCAUCCACUACUACUGGGGGGUUCCCUUCUGUCCAAGAGGCCUGGAUCCAGAUACGUACACCAAGGUGAUCGUGGCUCAGAUGGAGGUUUAUGAGAAGAGUCUGAAAGAGGCUCAAAGGGGUCUGCUGAGGAAGGCUGAGUGGGGGGAGGCCAUCCAGCCGGAGCCACAGAAGUCUAUGUCUCCUGAAACAUCAUCUGGGUCGCCUCAGCCUUGUGUUUCUCGAAGGAGAGGUCUAAGACUGAGAGGUAGCAAAAGGAGCGAAGCUGCUGAUUUUCUUCCAGAAGAGAGAAAAGAUGAUGGAGAAGAGGAGCAGCAAGAAAAAAAGGAAGAGGGGAGCAAGGAGAGUGAUGAAGUGCAGAUGGAUACUGAUGACUGUGAGGUUUGUCCAGAAACUCAACUGAGUGACAACAACAGCACAAAAGAUCUGAACUUGAAUGUUGAUGCUGAAACACAGCCUUUACAGAAAAAUCCUGAGCUGCCUGAGAUCGAGAUGAUCCUCAGAGGUGAUUCUCCAAUCAGACACGAGUGUCAGGAGCCAGAGCCAAAUUUGAAAACAGACUCAAAAAUGGAGGAAAACGUCUCAAGUUGCGGCGAAGAUGUUGGAGGACAGACUGCACAAAGGGUAAAGAAAGUCAAGAGCAGAAAGGAUCAAGAGGUGGAGAAGAUGGAGGACCGAAGUCUUCAGAGAUCAGAAUGUCCUGUACUGGAAGCAGCCGUUGUCCCUCACAGCCCUGAAGCCUCUGUCGACUGCCCCCUCUGUCAGGGAUCGUUUCCCGCGAGUGAGAUUGAGAUGCAUGCGGCGUACUGUGAUGGAGAGGUGGCCGUGGUCGACCAGAGGAGGCCUGAAAGCCAAGGCUUUCAAGACCCACUGAAACCUCGUAGGAAGAGGAUGAAGACAACAGAGGUUGUGUCAGAGGAAACCACCCAACUCUCUGAUGUUUGCAGGAACCAGGAGAAAUGCUACAUCUGUCAGAAAUCUGUUCUUCUAAGAGAUUACAGCCGACAUACAGAACUCUGCCUUCAGCGUGGGACAGUGAGCAGGAAGGGAAAUCUGUUGUCGGCUCUGGAGAAAACAGAAAGCAGGGACUCAGGUGCUGGACCGUCAGGAUCCAAACCCCAACCUGAAGCAGUUAUUGAUCUGCGGGAUGAUGAGGAUGAGGAAGUUUCAGCGUACAGGAUCAAUAAUUCUCCCAUCAGAUCCUUCACUCCCAUCUCUGAGGCCACCGGAUGCCUUAUUGACUUCAGGAAACAGCAGCGACCCAAGAAGCCAAGUCAAAGACGGAGAUGAUAUCAUAAAGAAGGAGCCAGAACCUUUAACUGUCACCAGGCUGCCAGGGUUGUGAUGGAGCCUUCUUCAAGAUGUUUUAUUUAAAAAAAACAAACUGUCUUUGACUUUGUUGAAACCACUAUUGCUGAUGUCAAACUACCUCCUGCUUUGUAUAAACAUUCCCGUUAUGUUACUGUAGUUCUGCUUUUUAUUUACAUUUAAUGUCUUUUAAUCAAACAAACUCAUCUGCUUCAAAAUAAAGAUUGAUUUUCUCUGAAUAACA